GGCGGAGUCGAAUCUGCCGGAGAGAACCGAAUAUUGCCGGAACGAAACGGGAAUAUUUGAGGUGGAACGGAAGGAAACAGAUGUGUGAAGUCAGCAUAAGCACACGUUAGGUAGAUUUAGGGUUAUACGGUUUAACUUAAAUGCAUGAAGGUGGAUGCCUUAAAAUGCUCUUUUUAUUCUGUAUUAACAAUACAGUUAAUCUCCGAUUUAAAUUAUGAUUAUUUUGUGGUUCUACAAUUAUUAUAUUCUACAAGACGCUUGUGUGCUUAACGCCAAAACUAGUUUUAGGGAAUGUCAACAAACUACACUUCUGUUUUUUGAAAAUAAAAACACUGAUGUUCAUUUUGUAUUCCAAAUUUUAUUUUCACUUUGAAGAGAUAUCUGUCUUUUCACAACACUAAGUUAAUUUCCUUCUUGUGUUACAAAGAAGAGGACCCCAUCUGGACCACGGAUCAGUAGAAAAUGUGCAUGAUUCUGUGGUGGAAAUGCAAGAACCUUGGAGUCACCCUGGACCCCUGCCUCUCUUAUUCCCAGCACAUCUCCACUCUGGCACGCACUUGCCGAUUCUUCCUGAGCAACAUCCGAAGAAUCCAACCCUUCCUCACCAACUAUGCUACCCAGCUCCUGGUCCAGGCCCUGGUACUCUCCCGCCUAGACUACUGCAACUCCCUCCUGGCUGGCCUCCCUGCGUCCGCCACCCGUCCGCUCCAGCUCAUCCAGAACUCUGCUGCCCGCCUGGUGUUCUCUCUGCCUCGCUUCGCCCACGCUACUCCACUACACCGCUCGCUCCACUGGCUCCCGAUCACCGCUCGCAUCCAGUUCAAGACUCUUGUACUAGCCUACAGAUGCCUUGACCAGUCUGCACCCAGCUACCUCCAGACCCUCAUCUCUCCUUACACCCCCACUCGACCUCUCCGCUCCGCCUGCACUAGAAGACUAGCUCUACCACCGCUAUGCUCCCCUGCCUCCAAAGCCCGCUCCUUCUCCACCCUUGCUCCGCAGUGGUGGAAUGACCUUCCUACAGAUGUCAGGACUGCCCAGUCCCUGACCACAUUCCGGCGCCUCCUUAAGACCCACCUCUUCAAAGAGCACCUGUAGAACUCCUCUGUUUGUAUCCUGGGACACUAUCACCCUUCAUGUAAAUGUGCUUUAUUUUGCUCUUAUCAGCCCCCUAUUUUACUGCAUUUAAUCCUGUACUUCAGAAUACUGUAAUCUGCCAAGUUUUUAACCUGUAGUACUUUGUAUUUAAUCACAUCCUGAUGUAACUAUCACUAUUUAAUCACAUCCUGAUGUAACUAUCACUAUUACCUGCUGUAUUAUUGAAUUGUGGUUUGUCAAACUUGUACUUUGCUUGAACAAAAGUUAUUGUAUUUCUUGCUCUUAUUGUAUUACUUGUAUUGUAACGCUUGAAAUGUUUUUGCUUACGAUUGUAAGUCGCCCUGGAUAAGGGCGUCUGCUAAGAAAUAAAUAAUAAAAUAAUAAUAAAGAUACAUUUCAGUGAACCCCUAUCAAUGCUGUGUCCAGUACACUACAAAAGACAUCACUGGACUUGGGAAGGUACAGAGAAGGAUGACUACACUGAUCCCAGGACGUGAUGACAUGCGAGGACAGGUGCAAAUAAUCCAAUAUCGGGUUCUCAAAAUCCUAAAUGGCAAAGUUAACCCAUGUCACUACUUCAAUGCACAGAGUAGAACCAAGAGAGAGGGCAUGAAUGGAAGCUUAGAAAAGAAGGUACGAUGAGUUCUAUUGCAUGGACUAUCCUACGAGGUGAAGCAUCUAAAACACUAGGAACAUUUAUAAAAAAAUAGACAGGUCUGUCCUCCUAAAUAGAUCCCCCUAGUUAGGGCAAAUACUGUGCUAGGAAGGGACGAGUCUUGCUGGGCUGAACUGCUUCUUCUUGAUCAUGUUUAUAUGUACCGAAUUGUGUUCAGGUCUGAGAGGGACUAUAUUUUAAUUAUUUAUUUCAUUUAGUGGUGUGCACCGUACAUGUGUCACACUUUAAUCUUGCAUAUUCCCUGUCUUAUUGUGUCCGUGCUACUGCGUUACUUCUUUGGUCAUUUUACCUUGGGUCAAAGCAUCUUACUGGCUGCAAAGCAUGUCAGUCAUCAGAGGAAGCAGCUGGUUGGGUACUGACAGUAAAGAAGGCCCGGUGAAUGGGUGUGCGUGGCAGAGAAAAUGUACAGAGCCAUUGUGUAGCUACACUUACU